AGCCAUCGGACGAACCGUCCAGUCACUCAGUGAUUAAUCUCCCUUUCUUCAGUAAACUUCUAACGUUCGAAAAAAAAACAUCCCAAAAAUGAAAUUCCUGUGGCUGCUGACGUUCCUGCUGGCCCUGUUCGGCGCGGCCCUGGCCGACAGCCCGGCCUGCCCGGCCGGAUUCUCCCGCCAGGCCAGCAAGUGCGUCUCCAAGCGCCCCGUCCACGGCGAGUGCCCCAAGGGAUCCAAGUACAACGCCGGCCUGAACCUGUGCGUGCACAACUAAACACAACUGUUAUUUUGCUGUCGGAAAUGUUUUUGGAAUUAAAAUUUGCCGUUUGAACUGUAUUAA